UUUCCUCUCACUGCAGCUUGGGGAAAGGCUGAUUCCUUUUCGGUCGUCCAGAAAGAGUUUUUUCAUUUUCUUUAUUCUCCCUCUCUCCUCUUCCCUCUCCAAAUUCCCUUUCUUUACUACCUUCCCAUACCCCCCACGCCCCUAGUUUCCUCUAUCACAGCAGUAAAUAGCUGCGAUUUCCUCUGGGGGAAACUACGUGGAUUCUUCCCUAGGAUCUUCGCUCCGCCCUGGUCUCCUUUUCCCUGUCCCUUGAGGAGCUCCUAGCCGGGGUCUGAAGUGAGAAGAGAGGUUUCCUAGCCCCUGGCCGGGAGCCGGGAGGGUAGUGGGAGAAGGAGAGCAGCUGGCAUCUGACCCAUCUCCGCCAUGUGACUCCGUCCUCCACCCAUCUACCCCCGGCCCGGGCGCGCCCUUCCUAGCAGCGCCCCAAUCCCCAUUCUCUGCUCGCUCCGCACCAUGUUUCAGCGGGAUCGGUGGCAGCUCACGUCGCCCCAGCAGCAUCCCAGCCUCCGGAGACAAGUAGAUCCUGUGCUACUAUUUCGCCUCUUCUACUGUACCUUCUUGGUGUGCACCAAAGAGAUCGCAGCCCUCACUGACUUCUCCGGUUACCUAACCAAACUUCUGCAAAACCACACCGUGUAUGCUUGUGAUGGUAACCGUUUGAGUCUUCAAUGCCCUCGACAUUCUACAAUAAGUGUCCAGUCAGCAUUUUAUGGUCAAGAUUACCAAAGGUGUAAUUCACAGCAGCCUGCAACCAUGAUGAAAGACCAUUUAACCUGUGUGGCACCCACGGCUCUGCAGAAAGUAUUGGAUGAGUGCCAGAACCAGAGAGCCUGCCAACUUCUUGUCAAUAGUCGUGUUUUUGGACCUGACCUUUGUCCAGGAACUACUAAAUACCUCCUGGUCUCCUUUAAAUGCAAACCUAAUGAGUUCAAAACCAAAACUGUCUGUGAAAACCAGGAACUGAAACUUCACUGCCAUGAGGCAAAGUUUCUGAACAUUUAUUCAGCAACUUAUGGUAGAACAGCAGCUGAGAAGGACAUCUGCUCUUUUGAAACAGAUUCCCUUCCUCAAUUCGAUUGCUUAUCUUAUUCAGCCUUAGAUGUGUUAUCCAAGAGGUGCUAUGGAAAGCAGAGAUGCAAAAUCAUUGUCAACAAUCACCAUUUUGGAAGUCCUUGUCUGCCAGGAGUGAAAAAAUACCUCACUGUGGGCUAUGCCUGUGUUCCCAAAAACAUACUUACAGCGGUUGAUCCAAUGGUCUCUAAUCUAAACCCUUCUUUGAAGCAGAAAGAUGGUGACUAUGAUAUAAACUUUGAUCCAAGCGAAUCAAAAACGCUGGCGAAAGAUGGAGUUAUUGUCAGCAACUCUUUGGCCACAUUUGCUUACAUUAGAGCUCACUCAGAAAGAGCUGCUCUGCUGUUUGUGUCCAGUGUUUGUAUUGGCCUAAUCUUCACCCUGUUUGCUGUGGUGAUCAGAGUAUCAUGCACCAAAGACUUCCAGAAACUAACCCAGGGGAAGGAACGUUUAGUGCCAGAAAUAGACAAAACAGAGAAUGACACUGAGGAUGAAGAAGAGGAAGAUUCUUCAGACUCAGACUUUCCAGAUGAAAUGACAGAAUUUUUCCGGACUUCUUACCCAGUCUACAGUUCCACGGAAGCUGCUGAAAUGGCCGAAAGGAUAGAGCGUAGAGAUCAGAUCAUUCAGGAAAUAUGGAUGAACAGUGGUUUGGAUACCUCUUCUCCAAGAAAUAUGGAUCAAUAUUAUUGAAAGCCAAAUAUGGACCUAGGAGUAUGCCCUUUGAGAACGGGGUGGAGGGUGGGGAAGAUUGCCAGUUUGAGAAGUGUACAAUUUCUGAAUCCUCUUUAAGGUUUGUGUCAUAUUUGUACCUUCUGUGAAGGAAAAUUUGCAACAUCUAGUAUCAUUGAAAUGGAAAAAGAUAAUAAAAAUGAAUGAUUUUAAUUAUCUGGUGCCAUGAAACACAUUCCAGAAUAAAAGAUAAG